GAUAAUGAAGACGAUGAAGACGAUGACGACGAUGACGACAAUGAGGAAGUUGAGGCAUCUUCGGACGUACUUCCCAUUACUCAUGAAAUCAGAUUACGAGAUCAUCAAAGAACAGUGUCAGCAUUGACUCUGGAUCCUUCGGGAUCGCGUCUAAUUACAGGUGGAUAUGACUACGAAGUCAAAUUCUGGGAUUUCUCUGGUAUGGACAAGUCAUUUCGUCCUUUCCGUACCCUCGAGCCAUGUCCUGGACAUCAGGUGCAUGAUGUUCUGUACUCUCUCACUGGUGAUUCUUUUUUGGCAAUUACUGGUAGUGCCCGUGCCAAGCUAUAUGAUCGCAAUGGACUUGAGCUGUGUGAAUACAUGAAAGGAGAUCCUUAUAUUCGUGAUUUGCGCCAUACCGAUGGACAUGUGGGAGCACUGACAGGUGGUGCAUGGCACCCCACAGAUCGCAAGACAUUUAUUACGUCUUCGCAAGAUGGUACCAUUCGUUUAUGGGAUGUUGAUAAUAAGCGUAGACAAAAAGCUGUCAUUCCUUACAAAUCACGCGAGCGAGGUGGUCGCUCUUCUGCAACUGCUGUGUCUUAUAGUCAUGAUGGAAAAACGAUUGCAGGUGCUUUUCAAGAUGGUACAUUGAAUUUGUGGGACACUUCGAGUUCGUUUUUGAGACCUGUUAUGGCUGUUCCUGAUGCUCACCAAAAGCAAUCUGAAACAUCUUCCGUGGUCUUUUCUCGGGAUGGACAUACUUUGGUAACUCGCGGUGGUGACGACUCUGUGAAGCUGUGGGACACUCGUAAUAUCAAAAAACCAGUGCGUACAGCCUACAAUCUCGAGGUUGUCAACCCUCAGGCUAAUGUGAUAUUUAGUCCUGACGAACGCCUUAUCCUGACAGGCACAUCUGUACCCAAAGGAGAAGGGUACGGAAAGUUAGUCAUGAUGGAUCGUGAAACACUCGAGAUCAGAAGAACAAUGAGUGUCAACCAAUCAAGUGUAGUUAAGGUUCUCUGGCACCCUCGCAUUAAUCAAGUAAGUAUUGUGACAGGAAGUGCCGAUGGUACCGUGAGUGUAUUUUAUAGCCCAACUCACUCUGUCCGUGGUGCCAAACUGUGCGUCGUAAAGGAAGCCAAGAAACGUGCAGUGGAUGACUAUGAAAUCGAUCGUCCAAUUAUUACACCUCAUGCCCUCCCAAUGUUCAGAGAUGAUGAGCCUAGAAGCUCUAAAAGAAAGAGAGAGAAACUGAGAAGAGACCCAAAGGUGUCUCAUCGUCCAGAAAUGCCUGUCAAUGGACCUGGAAAGGGUGGAAGAGUUGGUUUGAACGAGCAGCAGGCUGUAAUUGCUGGCUUUUCUAAAGACACUACAAGAGACGAGGACCCUCGAGAGGCACUUCUCAGAUAUGCAGAUGCUGCUGAGAAAGAUCCCAUGUGGGUCAGUAAUGUUUACAAAUCAACACAGCCUAAACCGGUAUUUGCAGAAGAACAAGAACAAGAAAGCGAAUAA